AUGGUAGACACGCAUGGCGUGAGGCCGGAUCCGGAUGCGGUGGAGGCCGUGUUGAGAUGGAAGGCCCUCAGGACAAACACGCAGCUUAUGAGCUAUCUAGAUUUUGCGAAUUUCUACCGAGAGUUCAUUGAAGGACACGCAGACAAAAUUUACCCGAUGCAGCAACUGAUGCGUAACAAAGGGAAGAAGUUCGAAUGGAAUGAAAGAGCUCAGGAAGCCUUCGAGAAAAUAAAGAGGGUGUUUUGCGUAGCGCCACUACUAGGCAUGCCAACAGAGAAAAGUAUGUGCGUUCUCGACACUGAUGCUUCAGUGAAACUCACUCGUUUGAACAUAAAAAGCCUCUCAAUGCUGGAUAAAACGGUGCAUGUCACACCAGAAGUGAUGCAGAUGCUGGAUGGAUUGUUAGAAAGAGAAGUGACUAGAGAUGACCCUGAUUUGGCAGCAGCCGUGGCAUCGCUGACAUUGAGUGAUAAGAUAGAAGAUGACACGCAUCAGCCCGAUGAGCAAAACAGUCACUUGAGGGUCAUAAAGACAUACUGGAAGCCGAGAUACAGACUCUCGGACGUACUAAGAGCGCAGAGAAAUGACCUCAUGACAAGUAAUGGAAAAGGUGGAUCGGAAACGGGGUACCAGACAAAGGACAUCUGGAAGAGGAUAGUUACACAAUCUUGA